ACAUACAAUAUAGUACCGUCCAUGAACAAAACACGGCGGCCAUUUUUGUCUAACAAGUUUUCCCCUUACUAACAAAGUCGGACACAAAAUCUUGAAUUUUGUAAAAAGUGCGCAAGAAAGUUGACUUGGUUCUGCCGAUCGAUGCAUCCACCGACACAAUGAGGCAGAAAAGAAAGACAGACGUACGAAAAUGUUUGCAGUUAGUGUUCCUGGUGGUAACACUUCCGUUGGGAGUUCUCUCGACGCAGUGCCCGAUCGAUGCCAACCUGGAUGUAGGCGAGCCGGGCAACAGCUACGAGUGUCCGGACACCUUGCCAGACGGUACGGACAAUACCUACAACAGCUGCUGCCAUAACGAGAGACCGGACGACAACGGGGACUAUCACAGCUGCUGUGAGGACCCUGAGGUGGCAAGAGCUGGCAGCAUGGCCAAGUUCUACGGUAUGCUGGGCAUCCUAGGCGGCGUGACCGGCGGUCUCAUGUUGCUCGUCUACGUCAAGACCUACUGCAAGGAUGACACGUGGCGGUGCCUGAAACCCAUCAAGAGGGAGUGCAAGAAAUGGUUCGACUUCACCAUGGAUGCCCUGUGCUUCUGUGGCUGCUGUCCCAAAAAACUUCGCCGGAAGACCAAAAAGGGCCACGAAAUUCCCGACCAGAAGGGGGCGACAAACAACAACGAGACAGAAGACCCGGCUUCAGUGGAAGUCAAUAUGGACGAAUUUUGGAUGUAAAAAAGAGAAAUUCUUCCAAACCACUAGCUGUCACUGAAUCCACCGCCCUUUUCUACAAGCUUGUUUACCUACACGCUUUUCCAAAAGUCACGUUGAUAUUUGCAAGACUUCUUUGCUAAAAGAAUGACUCUAGAAGUUUAUUUAAGAUAUAUUUGGCAACAAAAAAUUGAGGAGAAAUAUUUCAUUCAGCCUAAAAAAAAUUCUGCUCUCUAUAUAAUCUUGUGCUUGUUAUUUUGUUGCACGAAAUGUAACAUUGAUUUUCAAGAAACAUCUGAAACAAUGAAUAAGGCUUAAACAAAUAUUACAAG